AUGGGCGCCAGCGCUAAUUCUGAAUUUCACAGAUACCGGCAUGCAUCUAUACCUACGGCAAUCAAUACCCUCAAAACUCAUGGAUUGAAUUACAAUGUUACCUUUGAUUCCACGGAAGAUCAGACGCAAUUUACGGGGCCGAACCUUGCAAACUACGACGCCAUCCUAUUCCUCUCAACGACGGAUUCGGACAAUAAUCCACGACAAGAAAUUUUGGAUGCUGAUGAAAAGGCUGCCUUCCAGCAGUAUCUAACCCUGGGGGGAAAUUACAUUGGUGUCCAUUCGUCAUCAGACUCCCUUACCGCCAGCCCCUUCUUCGGGAAUGAGACGGGCGCAGUUUUCGACUCUCAUGCUACCCUUCAGAACGCGACAAUCCUCGUUAUAAAUUCCUCAAACCCUAGCACCAGUAGCCUCCCAGCUCAUUGGCCCGUCUAUGACGAAAUAUACAACUUUAAAUCCGACCCUCGCUCCUUGGGAGCAUUUGUACUGCUGAGCGUUAACGAAUCAAGUUACACUCCCGAUCCUCCCAAAUUUGACCAAGGUUCUCCUCACCCUAUCGCCUGGGGUCAGGAGCAUGGUGCAGGUGCGUUUGUAGGGGUGGCGUCUCCGCCAAUCACAAGCAAGGUCGGUCGAAGCUGGUAUACUUCAUUGGGUCAUACAAGUGAGAUCUGGGAAAACGAUCUUUUCAUUCAACACGUUAUGGGUGGGAUUACAUGGGCGCUGGCCUCUCAUACAACACGCGCAUUCAACUCAACUUCUUCCGUAGGCAAUGGCGGAGGGGUAGGAUCCAGUACGACCACAGGCACGACCACAGGCACGAAAUCUGCCACGUCGCCAUCUAAUAGGUCAUCCGGUUCAGCAAGGAGGAAUUUGUCAAGAUGGUGGCGCCUAGAAUUCUAA